GGAGGGGAUAUCUUUAACGGGGGUGGGACUAGUCGGCGGCGCCCCUGGGGGGGCGAUCUACUGCUUGGACACGGUGAGGACGAGCUUGCCCUUGGUGCGGUGCGUCAUGGACGCCUUGACGAUGUCGCCGACGCCGGCCGUGGUCAGCGCGAAGUCGCGCGCGUCGACGAGCGGCUUGAGGGCCCCCGACUCCACGAGCUCGGUGAGCGUCCGCAUGUCCGCCGUCACGGCGGGCGCGUCCGUGCUCGUCAGGAAGACCUUGUACGUCGGGCCCAGGACGCCGAAGACUCCCUUGACGUUGCGCCAGAGCAUCGACGCCAUGAUCGACGCGAUCGAGCCGCCGUCGCCGACGAUGGACAAAUAUAUGCCGCCCGUCUUGAGGGCCGCCUGGCCGGCCACCCAGUUGUCGUAGCCGCCCACGGUGUCAAAAACGAUAUCCAACUCCAACCCGGUCAUCGCCGCGACGACGUCCUGCUCCUUGUAGUUGAUGACGGUGUCCGCGCCGAGGCCCUUGAUCAGGUCGACGGCCGAGCCCGUGGCGUAGACGUGCGCGGCGCCGAGGGCCUUGGCGAUUUGCACGGCGAGGCUUCCGACACCGCCACUUCCGCCCAGGACGGCGACCUUUUGGCCCUCCUUCAGCUUGCCGUGCGUCUGGAACGCCUGCAGGGCGGUGAGGCCGGCCAGGGGCAGGGCCGCGGCCUCCUUGAACGAAAUGUUCUUGGGCAUGCGGCCCAGCGCCGCGGCCGGGACCAGCGCGUACUCGGCGAAGGAUCCGGGCGUCUUGAUCGCGUCGGCGUAGACGCGGUCGCCCACCUUGAACGCGUCGCAGCCGGGCCCAAGCUUCGCGACGGUGCCGCUCACGUCGCAGCCGAACGGACCCGCCUUCUUCCCGGGAAAGUCCCCAGCGACGAGCUUGUAGUCGAUCGGGUUGACCGAGGCGCACGAGACCUUGACGAGGACCUGAUCCGCCGCCGGCUCCGGCACCGCGGCGUCGUCGACCACCGAGAGUACGUCCGGAGACGUCGGAUCGCCGUUCUUGUGCUGGAUUGCGGCCUUCAUGGCUUCGUCUUAGACUCGACGUUGAAUACUUAAGCGGCUCACCUCAAGUCGCGCUGCUGGUAUCAAAAUGAGUGGACCACCCAAAGGAGGAGCCCAAAAUAAGGACUUGGG